UGGCUUGUGAGAUUUUUUUGUGCAUCCAAGCAAAAGUUGCGAGCCGCGAAACGUGCGCACUGCCAGCAGCGCGUUUUAAUAGACGGACAUUGAAGGGGGGUAUACUGCAACUUUAACGUUUUUCUCCAAGCAUGGCAGAUUACCUGAUCAGCGGAGGUACGGGCUACGUCCCGGAAGACGGACUGACAGCCCAGCAGCUCUUCUCCAUCGGUGACGGCUUGACCUACAAAUCCGCUCCUCAGUCUACCCCUGACGGGCUCACAGCCGAAGAGCUAUGCUCGAAAGGGGAUGGAUUGACUUACAAUGACUUCUUGAUUCUGCCCGGAUUCAUUGAUUUCACCUCAGAUGAAGUGGACCUGACCUCCGCCCUGACCCGCAAGAUCACCCUGAAGACGCCCCUCAUCUCCUCCCCCAUGGACACGGUCACAGAGUCGUCCAUGGCCAUCGCCAUGGCGCUGAUGGGGGGAAUCGGGAUCAUCCAUCACAACUGCACGCCGGAGUUCCAGGCCAACGAGGUGCGCAAGGUCAAGAAAUUCGAGCAGGGCUUCAUCACGGACCCUGUGGUCAUGAGCCCGCGGCACACGGUCGGGGACGUGUUCGAGGCCAAGAUCCGCCACGGCUUCUCGGGCAUCCCCGUCACCGAGACGGGCAAGAUGGGCAGCAAGCUGGUGGGCAUCGUCACCUCCCGCGACAUCGACUUCCUCACCGAGAAGGAGUACGACAGGCCCCUGGAGGAGGCUAUGACGAAACGGGAAGAUUUAGUCGUAGCUCCGGCUGGAGUGACUUUAAAAGAGGCCAACGACAUUCUCCAGCGCAGCAAGAAAGGGAAGCUGCCUAUCGUGAACGACAGCGACGAGCUGGUGGCCAUCAUCGCGCGGACGGACCUGAAGAAGAACCGGGACUACCCGCUGGCCUCCAAGGACUCUCGCAAGCAGCUUCUGUGCGGCGCCGCCAUUGGCACCAGGGAGGACGACAAGUACCGGCUGGACCUGCUGAUGCAGGCCGGCGUGGACGUGGUGGUUCUGGACUCUUCACAGGGGAACUCAGUGUAUCAGAUUAACAUGAUCAACUACAUCAAGCAGAAGUACCCAGAGCUGCAGGUGGUCGGGGGGAAUGUGGUGACAGCGGCUCAGGCAAAGAAUCUGAUCGAUGCUGGCGUGGACGCACUGCGCGUGGGGAUGGGCUGUGGAUCCAUCUGCAUCACACAGGAAGUCAUGGCUUGCGGCCGGCCCCAGGGCACCUCGGUGUACAAGGUGGCGGAGUACGCCCGGCGGUUUGGCGUCCCAGUCAUCGCGGACGGAGGCAUCCAGACGGUCGGACACGUAGUGAAAGCUCUCGCCCUGGGAGCGUCGACAGUGAUGAUGGGGUCAUUGCUGGCCGCCACCACAGAGGCCCCCGGCGAGUACUUCUUCUCUGACGGGGUGCGGCUCAAAAAGUACCGCGGCAUGGGCUCCCUAGACGCCAUGGAGAAGAACAGCAGCAGCCAGAAGCGAUACUUCAGCGAAGGGGACAAGGUGAAGGUGGCCCAGGGCGUGUCCGGCUCGGUCCAGGACAAGGGCUCCAUCCACAAAUUCGUCCCCUACCUGAUCGCCGGGAUCCAGCACGGCUGCCAGGACAUCGGCGCCAAGAGCCUAUCCAUCUUGCGCUCCAUGAUGUACUCUGGAGAGCUGAAAUUUGAGAAGAGGACCAUGUCGGCGCAGGUGGAGGGCGGUGUGCACGGGCUCCACUCUUAUGAGAAGCGGCUAUACUGAAGGCGGGGGAAGGGCACUCAUGCGGAUGGCCCCCAACGUUCCCACUCCAGCAGCGACCAAACGCAACGGACACAUCUAACUCCCCACCCCCCAC